AUGUACGUGGCUGACAAGCAGCAUGAAUUCGAGCUACUUCCUGCUAUGUCGAUCGGUGAACGGUGGAGCAUGUCAUGUGCGCUGGAUGUCAGGGAUGAUUUAGCGGCGGCAGCAGCCACAUUGCACUCAAUUGUGUUAAUGUCAAAGCUAAAGUCGCCCAAGGUAAGGUCGCCCAAGGUAAGGUCGCCGUAUGGGUCGCCCAAUGGAUCGCCGUAUGGGUCGCCCAAUGGAUCGCCGUAUGGGUCGCCGAAUGAUGAACAGUCUAAGAAGACAGGAGUUCAAAAGCCGAUGAAAGAGGUGGUAUACGUUCGCCUUCGCCGUAACGAGCGCGCACAUCAAGUCGUAUUAUCGUCGGCUGAAAAAUACUGCAAAGGCGAUGCUGGAACCUCUUCUCGACCAUUUGUCAAGUCUGUCAAGUGCUGA